CUGUUUUACACUGUUUAAACACUGUUUGACAUUGUUUGGACUCUAUUUGACACUGCUUCGCACUGUUUGACACUGUUUUGAUGUAAAUUAUUUGCCAAAUAAAAAAAGUAUUAAAGUGUAAACUUAAUUUAGGGACUGUCCAAAAAGGAAAAGUAAUGAAUGUCAACACAACCCACAAAAGCCUAUAAUCACUCAAUUCAAGGUACUGUGAACUGUCAGACAUAGGCACACCCCCAAUGGCCUCAUUUCUGUUCAACCUUGCCUUGUUCCUGAGCUUCGCAGCCCUUUCAUUCCGUACGCCAGUGGCUGCCGGCGACGACGACAGCCAGUUGACCGCCUCCGUCCCUCCACUUAUUUACGUCUACAAAAACGGCACAAUCAUUCGCCCGCUAGACCAGAGGAAGCUUCCGGCGUCACCUCACGAUCAAGCCACCGGCGUCUAUUCCCGGGACAUCACAAUCCCCGGCAACAUCCCGGCCAGGAUAUAUCUCCCAAAGCUUCAAACCGCCUCCGAGAAGCGCCCGAUACUGAUCUGGUACCACGGCGGCGGGUUCUGUAUGGGAUCCGCUUUUGCCUCCGGCGACCACCAGUUCCUCAACAUCUUAGCCUCCAAGGCCAAAAUAGUCGCCAUCUCCGUCGACUACCGGCUCGCCCCAGAGCACCUACUCCCCGCCGCGUACGACGAUAGCUGGGCGGCCAUCAAAUGGGUCGCAUCCCACGCUCCUUUCUCAACCCGACCCGAAAACCCAGAUCCAGUGCUGAUUCAGCACGGCGACUUCAGCCGGAUCUUCCUCGGCGGCGACAGCUCCGGCGCCAACAUAGUCCAUAACAUGAUCGUCAAAACCGGAAAAGAACAACUACCCGGAAAAGACACGAAGAUCUUCGGCGGAAUCCUGACGCACCCGUUUUUCUGGGGAUCCAAGGAUGGCGACAAGGAGAGCUUCGGGUACAAGGACUGGAGCUUCGUCUACCCGGCAGCUCCGGGCGGAAUCGACAACCCGUUGAUAAACCUGUUUUCGGAGCCGCUAUCCGGGUACCGAGCAUCACGGAUCUUCGUAUCCAUUGCGGAGCUGGAUGGAUUGAAAGUGAAGGGGAUGGAUUAUGUGAAGGUGGUGAAUGGGAGUGGGUGGAGAGGUGAAUUGAAGGUGGUGGAGGUGUUGGGGGUGGGACAUAGCUUUUAUCUCAACCAUAUCCAUUCCACUAAAGCUUAUUUUCUCAUAACCCAAAUUGUCAAAUUCAUUUGUCACUGAGAUGUGCUAAGUUAUGGAGGAUGAUAAAUUUGAGAGAAUUUAGGCCAUGGAUCACAUAGACAAUAGUAUUCCAUAGUCGUUGUGCCGUAAUGUUACCUGUUUUGUUUUGCUUCUAUAUUUGCUUUUGUGCCAAUAAUUUGCUCUUGUUUAUUAGUGUUCAGUUGGUCUUUCAUUUUGGUCAUGUGGGGUGAAGUCACAAGAGAACAAUGGUAUUAUUAGGAUGUUUUUACUUGGGAAUAUUUUUGUCCAAGACUUAAAUAGGUCAAACCAGAUAUUCAUAUUUAUAAAAUACACAGAAAUCAG